AUGGCAUCGAACCAACAAGACACACAGCAACAGCAACAGCAACAACAAAAGCACUUACAGCAAUCACCGAUUGGUGCAAGACGCCAAUCACCGAUUGGUGCAAGACGCGUUCGUACCGAUUUGAAAACAUCAGAGAAUAUUUUUUUGACGGCUGCCAGACCGCCGCCCGCACCCCGUACUUCGUCACCAAUCACAAUAAAGCAUGCCACAUGUGGCAGUACACAACAGUACAUACAGUAUGCAACACAAAGUACUACCCCUCACACACCUUCGCGUGUGUCAUACUCUCCGCGUGGCGUAUAUAAAUCAUACCUGCCUCACGCCACCCAUCCGCAUAAGCAACAAAGUUCAAGGCGAACUUCCCCAACUGUUGCUGUUGCAAUGCCAAGAGCAAUAACAGCAAACAAGUCGACGUCAACGUUACGUGCUGCAUCGUGCAAUUGUUGGUGUCACUGUGCAGCUGCAACGGUGUUGUCAACUAGUGCGCCGCACGCGAACGCCACAUAUCUGAGCGCUCAUUUGCCUGCUCGUGCAACACGUCUACUUAACCGCUCGCGUCUACAACAACAACAGUACCCUGCUGCUAAUGCCAGUGGUCUAUCGGCGAAUGCUGGUGCUGCUGGAACAUCUGGCGGCGGCGCAGAUUCUGAUAGCUCCAAAUCAACACAUAGCCUGCGACGUAGUGCUGCCGCCUCGCGCGCAUCAAACGCUUCCACGUCUUUGACGAAUGCUUCACAACCGACCAGUAGUAAUUUCCAUCAUCAAAAGCACUUUCAACAUCAUUACUCGCAACUUUAUCGCGAUUCGCACAGUUCAUCGGACGACCUAAUGCUGUAUGAUAAAUCAUUUCGCAAUGCAAUGAUUCAGGACGUGCUGCAAUUUAAGAAGCAGCUGUUGCGGCUACGACGCAUUCUACAGGAGGACGAAGAUCAUUUGAUGAGGACGGAUACUUUCAACCCAUUCGACACCGACAAUGGACAACUCUUCGCUGCCUGUGGCUUAGAUAGCAAACUACUGGACGACAUGGACUUGGCCAGCUUAACAUCGUCGAACACAGAUGACCCCAUGGUGGAGUUAGCCGAUCUACGAAGACAGGUGGUUUACCUUCAGGGUGAGGUCGAAGAUCGUGAACGCACAAUACGUUUACAAAAAAAUAAAAUUGAAAGUUUGGAGUUGAAAAGGCCGGAAAUCAGUAGUGACACCACAAAGGAAUGCAUAAAUACAGCAACACAAACAGAUAGGACACGACCUUAUUCAUAUGGUCCGGAGGGAUUGUCAAGAAGUAAACCCGAGUACACCAGCUACACGACGCAUUAUCAUCCCGCAGCUAGUUGCAAUAACAACAGCAUAUGCAGCAGCGCCAACAACAGCAACAACCACACUCUUUGUCCACACCACCAACAACAACUGCAACACAACUGCAAUGGCAGCAAUAAUAAUCUCCCAGUUGCAGCUACAGAAGCAGCAUCUCAACAAAUACGACGUCACACCAUCAUAUCGACCACUCUGAGCAAUUACAACAAUCAACAGUUGGCAAUGGCACCGCGACGUGCUUCAAUCGCGUGGGAAAAGCCAACAGCGACAGCACCCACAACAGCCGCUACGCUGACCCAGACAUCAGCCGCUGGCACAGGAAAACACGCGCCAACCGCAAACAUUUACAAGCCCGUGAAAAUUACACUAAUCGGCGAACCAUUGAAGCAAUGGCAAUGGAAUGCUGUUGGCAAUGGCAAGACUGCUGCUACUCAAAGUAAUGGCAGCAACAAUACGGCAAUAAGCAAUGGCAGUGACAAAGUCAGUGUGAAGUGUGAAGCAGCGGGCGGAAAAAUUAGUGGUAACGGUACUCGUAGUAGUUUUGGGAUGUGUAAUAGUCGUACGAAUGGCCUUUCGAAAGUAUACAAAAACAACAAUGGCUUGUGCAAUGAUGGGUCAGCAGGUUCGUGUGGCAGCAAUGGAUAUGCGAAUGGUAAUAGCAGUAAUUACGAGGCAAAAGCAAUUGAGGGUGUUAGGAAUGUCAAGCAGAGUGGCUACAAUGGCAUUGGUGUCGGUGUUGGUGUCCGUUUGGGUAAUGGCGAACAAAAGCAAGCGACGUAUCAGUCCAACCAAAAUCAUCAUACACAGCAUCUGCAUACGCAGCAGGCACUGGCACAGACGGAACAACAGCAGCAAACACAUGUGCAACAUGCAAGCAAAAUUGUUUAUCAGCAGCAGCAGCAGCAGCAGCAGCAACAACAACAGCAAAACCCACUGCAAGUCUAUCAAACGUCUAAUGGCAGCAAUGGCAAUUUCUAUCCAACAGUUACUAUAGUCUGAGCGCGAAUGUAUUGUAAUUAGCUUGUAAUGUCUGAGAUUCAUAUUAGAAUUACUAUUACGUAUACAUACAUACAUAAGUACGUAAAUACAAACAUAUGUACAUACACAUAUGAUGUUUAGAAACAUUUUUGAAAGAAUUUCUCAACAGCUGAUAUUUUUAAAUUUUGUAGAAUUUAUAUUUAAAAGUAAAUACACAAAGGCCCAAUUUGUAAUCUGUCGGCCAAGUUUAAAAAAAAACUUUACUUAUAGGCAGUUUCCACGGAGCCCAUGUUGCGCAAUUUCAACACUGUUCUCAAUUUCAGCUGAAAUUACGAUACGAUUCGCAAAUUGGCUUUACAAUAACCUGUCACCUGAAAUUGAGUAUGAAUCCCAUUUUUAGUUACAUUGAAACGAAAUUACCACAAUUUCACGAAAGCAACUCCACAGAGUACUUAUUUCGAAAUAUUAAUGAGCGAAAAGAAGAAAAACAAACUUCAAUAACAAACAAAUAAAAAUAACGAACAAAAUUCAUAUUAAACAAAAACAAACUGAAAUUAAGAUGAUCAUGUAAACAGCUAUUAUUUCAAAUUGAAAUUGAGGGUUGAAAACGCGCCUCGGAGAAAUUCACUUUUAAUUUGUUUUCAAUCAACCCGCAUCGUGGAAUCCAAUUGAGACGAUGCAUGUAACAUAAUGUGAGAGUACUUUCCAAAGUUGCAAGAUUUCGAAUUUGUUCGAAAGCGGUCCCUAACGGUAUGCGUGCAAAUGAAAUAAGUUAUUAUGAGUAUACUAGUUAAAAAUUGCGUUUGACCUUUCAAACUCGCAAAACUCACAAGCCUCUAUAUAAAAACCUUUAAUACACAUACCAAUAUUUUACGCAUUGAAGAAAUGAUGUGAAUAAAAUUUAAAGCACGAUGACUUAGUUUUGAGAUGAUGUGUAUGUAGAGUGUUCUUGAUUUAUUUCUAAUUUGUAACAGAGCUACGAGCUUUGCAGACUCUGCUUUUAUACAUUUCCCCAUAGGCUAUUCAUGCCAAUUACUAUUUCCAAUUGAGUUAAGAGUAUUAGAGUUUCAAAAACGUAGAGAAAGAAAUGGCCAUACAAAUAGUAUACCUACAUAUAUAAGGGCGGGUCAAUUUGUAUGGGAGAUUUUUUUCGUCUAUAGGCGUAUAACAUUGGAGUAUUCUACGUCUAAUUCUAAGCAAGUUUGCCGAAGCAACCAUGGGUCUAAAAGCAAUUUCGAGUUUACCAAAUUGCGAAAAUAGGUUCCUUAGCAUUUGUCGUAGUGUCGUAAAAAAGUGUUUAAAUUUUGUAUAAAAACAUGCUGGAAGGGCUUUUUGGUAUGAGGAAUCCAUAACUGCACUUAUUUUGUUCGUAAAACUUUCACCAGAGGGUGAAAAAUUUUAAUUUUCAUAUUUUCUUCGAAACCUAUUUUCGUAAUUUGGCAAACUCCAACUCCGUAAAUUUGCUUAGAAUUCCAUGUAGAAUCCUCCUAUGAUAUACACGCAUAGUAAAAAAAAAAAUUACCCGCCCUAACAUACGCACAUAUGUUUUUUAGCCAGCUGUAAGAUUUUUUAAGGCAGGUGGUUUUCCUACAUGGAAUUUCAUCAGUGGGAGUUCAUAGCUCAGGUUUCGGUUCCAUUUGAAAAUACAUAUAUUUUUUUUAUGCAUACAUUUAUCUUUUCUUUUUCGAUUUCUUUUUAGCUUUGUGCUAAGGGGUUACAACUAUAUUAACAACUUAUAUUAUUAAUAUUAUUAUCAUUAUUAUUAUAAUUAUUAUUAUUGUUAUUAUUAUUAUUAUUAUUAUUAUUAUUAUUAUUAUUAUUAUUAUUGUUAUUACUUUAUCGAUGUUUAACAUCGGAAUUCACCCACACCGGUUAGAGAAGUAUGUAUUAUGCAGUUGGCCUCAGACGAUGUUUUAUAAGGUAAAUUUAGAAGUUCCCAAACGAUUUUACAGCUGUGCAAAAUUAGCGCUUGGAAUAAACGUUUAAAGGUGUAAAGCUUUCAAAUCAGUUGUUAGCAAAUCCACCACUGGUAUCAGUAAAUCUUUCUUGCAUUUCCAAUGGGUCCUUAAUUCCUGGCAGAAGCUAUAUUGUUACGGCACUUCUGGUAGGCUGGUGGAGCUUACGCUGAUCAAUGGGCGCACAGUGGG